AUGACGUGGACGCUGCGGACCGGCUUGCUGACUUGUCUCCUGGUGACCUGGGCGGCCGCUGCUGUUCUGGACACCCGGGAGACGCCGACUGCCGAUGAUUCAGAGCAGGUUCCGCGGGGCGAGGACGAGGUCGUGCUCGACCAUGUGGCUGCCAUGGAGCGCUGGAGGGAGCUGAAGGCGAGGCUCCUGAAGCUGAAGCCGACUGAUGUGGAACACGACCCCAGCCGCGACGAGGAGAACGACCGCCACCUCAGGUCGCUCUUCCCGCGGGUGUCGUGCUCCGACUGGCGCAUCGCCCCCAGAUCACUUCGAGAGGAAAUCAAGAGGUGGGGAAGCUGGAGGCAAGCCGAAUCCGGCGGAGAUAAGCAGCUCGCGGCCUGGGUCGACUCAGGAGUCAAGGGCCCCCAGGGCCCAGCAGGAACCCCCGGCGAACCCGGCGUGACAGGUCCCCCCGGUGACUCUGGCGAGGCUGGCGCGGACAUCACCGUGGACCGGCGAGGCGUCCCGGGCCCCCCAGGCCCCCCAGGGCUCCCUGGCGUCGCGGGCACGAACGGCGACCGCGGAGACUGCAACAAGGGCGAUAAGGGCCAACGCGGUCAGAAGGGCGACCCGGGCGUGGGCAUGAGGGGCCCCCGAGGACCCCCCGGUCCCCCCGGCGAGAGGGGCAGCCCCGCCCCGACUUUCUCCGGGAAGUAGAGGCGAAGGGCCCCUGCGGAAGACCUCGGCUGCCAUGUGACUCUGCUUCCAGUCUUCGAUAAAGUCACCAGCUCGCAGAUGUUUGAAGAAACCCGAAUGGGUUCGCGAUCAGCAGCCGGCCUCGCGAGACGGCCGAGACGAGAACAUUCACUCAGAACUGGCACGUGUAGCCCUUAUGUUUUUGGCAAUAAACUUAGAGAUCA